AUGACUCCAGAGGCUGGUGAGGUGUUGACUAUUGGCGACUCAGAGACGGUGAUCUGGAAUGUAUCGCUCGUCCCUCGCAGAGCCCCUAACAUAUCGCGUAUCGAUCUAUACCGCAACACGACCGUGGGUAUGGCCGACUUCACCGCCAAUCUCGCAGAAAACGUGGAUCCCCGCCUAGGCACAGUGGAUUAUGUCGUACCUGAUGUCGAGCCGGGUUCAUACUUUGUUACAAUCGGCGAUGUCGAGGGAGCUAGCAGCGACAUCUUCCAUAUAGCGCCCCGUGAUACGACUCCCAAUAUAAUUAUCCCAAACACUGACACGGUGUGGACGGCGGGCGGAGAGGGUUUUAUUGCAUGGAACGCCUCUGGACUCCCAGCACACCCAGGCCCUAUCAAACAAUUUCUGCUGUGUAAUGACCCCUUCCACAGUGGAGUCGUUCUCGCCAGCAACAUCGACCCUACUCUAGGAAACAUCACAGUUCAGGUGCCGGCCGAUAGCACCCCCGAGAUGUAUUUCAUCCGCCGUGCGUUUUGUGCGGCUGUCGACUCGUGGGUGCCUCUAAUCAUGUCUCGUACUACAGCUGAAGGAAAAAACCCCACCGAAUGGCGGUUCAAGAUCAUUGCUGCAUAG